AUCUCUAAAAUCUGAUUCUCCUCUUCGAUCUCUCUACUCUCACGAGUCUCCAAGUCGUCUCCAAGAGCUUCGAACGGUAUCUAAACUAUCGAGCCUCCAUUAUUUUAAGCUUCGUUGACUGUUACGCCCUUUGCUUUGUGGCUAUACAAAGAUGACAACAAUCGAAAAACUCAAAAAGCCCCCUGCUUCCAAAGGUUCUGUUGCUGCUGCUACUCUCAAGCAGCAAUCAUCAUCGUUUAAAAGGUGGGGAAGAAGACAUCCGUUUGUAAGAUACGGACUUCCGAUGAUAUCUCUCACAGUAUUUGGAGCCCUCGGGCUCAGCCAACUCCUUCAAGGCAGUAAGGAUAUCGCAAAGGUAAAAGAUGAUCAGGAAUGGGAGAUUAUAGAGACAAGAAAGGCGCUUUCGAGGACAGGACCUGUCGAUGCUUAUAAACCUAAAAACACAUCCAUCGAGGAGGAGCUCAAGGCUAUGCAAGAGAAGGUGGAUAUAAACACGUAUGAGUACAAGAAAAUUCCAAAGUUAAACGAAAGCAAGUCGAGUUAAGUGAAGUCUUUUUAAGAAUAACACAUUAUGUAUCAGAAUUUUCUUUUCUUAGAUGUAUUUCAGUUUUAACUUUUCUUAAAUAACUCUUCAGAUAAACGCCCAAAGUAGAAUUUCUGUAAGUUUUGACCUUCCUAAACAAAGAACAGCUGCUGAUAAUAAUACUCGUGUUGAUUUACAACGUCUAAAUAACUAUAAGUUCUCUG